CGUCCUAUUGCUUAAACCGCGCAGGGAGAUCUGGUCCAGUUGUCUGACUCGCAGCCUUGCCUCCAAGCAGAAAACCACGAGCAACCUUCUCCAAGACUGGGAAGGUGCGCCAUGUUCUCCGAUGCCAUAGAAGCAGCCGGGCGGGUGGAGGGCCUGCCCCUGUCCCCCCCGCAACUGCUGCAAGAGCUAGCGGAAGAGGAAGCAGAGGCAUCUGCAGGGAGGGAGCCGAAGAGACGAGGCCGCUACCGCCAAAGCCUGCAGCUUUUAAAGCCCUUCAGAAUAACACACAAGCAUCAGCACCCAGUCGAUAACGCCGGCUUCUUCUCAUUUAUGACCCUGCACUGGCUCUCCCCGCUGGCAUGCAAGGCCUACAAGGCGUCCAGCUUGGCCAUAGAUGACGUGUGGGGACUGUCUCGCCAUGAAGCCUCUGAGAUCAACUGCCAAAGGCUCCAAGCUUUGUGGCGCGAUGAGCUGAAGAGACGAGGGCGGGAGGGGUCCUCCCUGACGAGGGUCUUCUGGAGGUUCUGCCAAACCCGCAUGCUGGUGGCCGUCUUCUCCCUCCUCCUCACGAUGGUGGGGUCCUUUGUUGGGCCGGCUCUCCUGGUCCGAGCUCUGCUGGAGUAUUCCCAGGACUCGGUGAGCCGCGUGCCUUACGGCCUCUCCCUGGUCGCCGGGAUCUUCCUCAUGGAAUUGGUUCGCUCCUGGUCUCUUGGGCUCAUGUGGGCCGUCAACUACCGCACCGCAGCUCGCCUCCGCGGGGCGACCCUGACUUUUGCGUUCCACAAGAUCCUCCGCCUACGCACUACCAAAGACAUUGGUCCUGGCGAGCUCAUCAACAUCUGCUCCAGUGACGGCCAGCGGCUGUAUGAAGCGGUGUCAAUGAGCUGCCUGCUGGCCGGGGGACCCUUGGUGGGAAUACUGGGUCUUUCCUACACCGCCUACUUCCUGGGCCCCGCCGCUCUGCUGGGGUCGGCGGUUUUCGUCCUCUUCUACCCUACAAUGAUGCUCGCAUCGAGACUGACGGCGUAUUUCCGCAAAAAGUGUGUGACGGUGACUGACCGGCGCGUGAGGCUGAUGAACGAGAUCUUGGGCUGCAUAAAGUUCAUCAAGAUGUAUUGUUGGGAAGAUGCCUUUGCAAAGAAUAUUCACAAGGUGCGAUCCGAAGAGAGGGGAAUACUGGAGAGUGCCGGGAUCGUCCAGAGCCUCACAGUGGGCAUGGCUCCCAUCGUCGUGGUGAUAGCCAGUGUGUGCACUUUCACCUUGCACAUGGCUUUGGGCCAGGAACUUAAUGCAGCUCAGGCUUUCACUGUGGUUGCCGUUUUCAACUCCAUGACCUUUUCCCUGAAAGUCACCCCGUUGGCGGUGAGGGCACUGUCGGAGGGUGCCGUCGCAGUUAAAAGAUUUCAGAGGCUCUUUAUGAUGGAUGACAGAGAGGUAGUUCUGGUCAAAAUGGAGGACCCCAGCAAUGCAGUGGAAUUUCGGGGCGCCACACUGGCUUGGGAAAAGGCGCGUUCUCCGGCUGCGAAACCUAAGCCACCGCCGACCAAGCGAGACACAAUAGGGAUGACGCGCGUGCUGCGCAGGGAGAAGCUCAGCCUUAACAUUUCCACAGAGGACGACAAAGGAAACCAGGAAGGUCCCAACGCGCAAAGUCUUCUCAUAAAUAUGGAGCAGGAGAGCCCCCAGAGCACCAUCUCCUCCACCCAAACCAUACGACCUCCACUGCACAAGACCCUGCACCACAUUGACCAGCGCAUUAAGAGGGGUUCGCUGGUUGGAAUCUGUGGAGGCGUCGGCAGCGGGAAGAGCUCCCUACUGUCUGCUUUGCUGGGACAGAUGACCCUGUUAGAGGGUAAUGUAGCUGUCAGCGGGGGCUUCGCUUAUGUGGCACAACAGGCCUGGAUCCUCAAUGAAUCACUGAAGGAGAAUAUUCUGUUUGGAAAUGAGUACGACCAAGACAAAUACCAUGCUGUCCUAGAAGCCUGCUGCCUUCUCCCAGAUCUUGGAGAGCUCCCAUAUGGAGAUAUGACAGAGAUUGGAGAGCGAGGUGCCAACCUGAGCGGAGGGCAGCGUCAGAGAGUGAGCCUGGCGCGUGCCCUCUAUAGCGAGCGGCCCAUACUCCUCCUGGACGACCCUCUCAGUGCCGUCGACGCUUUUGUCGGCUCCCACGUCUUCCACAAAGCUAUCAGGGGUGCCGCCAAAGACCAGACGGUGCUUUUUGUGACCCACCAGCUGCAAUACCUGCCUGACUGUGACCAAGUCAUUUUGAUGAAGGACGGACAGAUUGCCGAGCAUGGCACCCACGCUCAGCUAAUGGGUAAAGAGCGCGACUAUGCCAGCCUAUUCAACAGCAUGCAGCAGGAGAAUCUGGUGAAAGAGAAUUUAAAAAACAAACGGCCGAGCGCAGCUGCAGAAAAGGUAGACGAUGCCGUCGAUGUCACCACGGUCAGACCAAAUGUGGAGAGCACCAACGGAGAACGACUGAUGAAAGCGGAGGAGAAGGGCUCUGGUGCCGUCGCCUGGUCCGUGUAUGGAGCCUACAUCAAAGCGGCGGGAGGGGCGGCUGUCUUCAUCGUCAACAUCAUCCUCUUCCUCGCCACCACAGGCAGCAUAGCCUUCAGUAACUGGUGGCUGAGCCACUGGAUCAGACAGGGCAGCGGGAACACAUCAUUAAUCUCAGUGAAUGAAACGAUGGCAAGCAACAGCAUGGGACUGAACCCUCACAUUCAGUACUAUUCGACUGUUUACGUCGUAUCCAUGGCAGCUGCUUUACUGCUGAAGACGUUCAGAGGACUGGUAUUUGUGAAGUGCACGGUGAGGGCUGCCUCUGUGCUCCACGACAAGCUGUUUGCCCGGCUCCUGCUCAGCCCCAUGCACUUUUUUGAUACAACGCCUCUGGGUCGUAUUCUGACCCGCUUCUCCAGAGACAUGGAUGAGGUUGAUGUGCGUCUCACCAUGCAAGCUGAGAUGCUGCUGCAGAACCUCACCCUGGUGCUGUUCUGCUUGGGAAUGGUGGGCAUUGUCUUCCCCUGGUUCCUGCUCUCCAUCUUGCCACUCGGAGCCUUCCUCUUCGUGGUCAACCGUGUCUCCAGGGUUCUGAUUCGUGAGCUGAAGCGCCUGGAGAACAUCAGUCAAUCGCCAUUCACCUCUCACAUCACCAGCAGCCUUCAGGGAUUGUCCACAAUCCACGCCUACGGAAGAGGGCCCGACUUCCUCCAGAGAUAUCAGGACUUACUGGACACCAACCAGGCCUCCAACUACCUCUUCAGCUGCGCAAUGCGUUGGAUGGCUCUCCGCCUAGACCUCAUCAGCAUCUUUCUUAUCACUGGCGUAGCACUUUUUAUUGUCUUCAUGCACAAUCAGAUAGCUCCAGCCUACGCAGGCCUCGCCAUAUCAUACGCAGUGCAGCUGACCGGCUUGUUUCAGUUUACCGUGCGGCUGCUCACUGAGACUGAAGCUCGCUUUACAUCAGUGGAGAGGAUUAAUCAUUAUAUUAAGUGUCUAGAGAGUGAAGCACCCCGACAAAGUCCCGAGGCAGAUGCUCCUGAUCCCUCCUGGCCGCAGCAGGGAAGCAUCACCUUCCAGGAUGUGGAGAUGCGUUAUCGUGAUAAUCUGCCACUUGUGCUCAAGAACCUGUCCUUCACCAUCCGACCCGAAGAGACCAUCGGCAUCGUGGGCCGAACAGGAUCAGGAAAGUCCUCUCUGGGUGUAGCUCUGUUCAGGCUUGUGGAGCUGACCGGAGGCUCGAUUGUUAUCGACGGAAUUGAUAUCGCACGGAUCGGUCUCGAUGACUUGCGGAGCAGGCUAGCCAUCAUUCCUCAAGAGCCCGUGCUCUUCAUCGGGACAAUCAGGACAAAUUUGGACCCAUGGGACCAAUACUCCGAUUCCCAGAUAUGGGAAGCUCUUGAGAAGACGCAGAUUAAAGAGAUGAUCAGCCAGCUGCCUCACUCGCUCCACUCAGAGGUGACGGAGAACGGAGAGAACUUCUCGGUGGGAGAACGGCAGCUACUCUGUGUGGCCAGAGCUCUGCUGCGGAACAGCAAGAUUCUUUUAUUGGACGAGGCGACGGCGGCCAUUGACAACGAGACGGAUCGUCUCAUCCAGGAGACCGUCCGCUGUGCGUUUGACAGCUGCACCACGCUCAUCAUUGCCCAUCGGCUCAACACGGUGAUGAGCUGCAGCAGGGUCAUGGUCCUGGACCGCGGACAGAUUUUGGAGUUUGACAGUCCCGCUGCCUUGCUGGCAGAUGAAAACUCGCGAUUCAGAGCCAUGAUAGAAACAUCGGAAAACCAAAGCAGAUGAAAAACACCGGAGGUGAACUGAUGCAAGCGGAGAGGCUGCAAAAUAUUCGGUGGAAUAACCGAAAUGCACAAAAAUCCCAUACUACUCAGUCCUGCUGGGGUGUGAGAGAGACGUGCAAAAAUACAUUCGCCCCUGUUGAGGGCUUCAAAGUGUCAUGUCUGUUGUUUUAAGACCAAAGACACAAGGAACACAUUUUUGUGUUUUCACAAUAACUAAAACAUUCUACUAGUUUUUUACUAAAUAAUCAACUGCAAGGGAAACAAAGCAACAACUCUGAUCAGACCACUUUAAGGUAUAUUUGAACACAUGGAAAGACAUGUGGUGCCUCCUUUUCCUCUGGAGAUCAGCUGAUCAGUUAGACUCCAGAUUUGUGUUUGUUUUUUUCAAUUGUUAAGACUUCACGGUGCAGGAAUCCACUUGAUUGACUAAUCAAUACAGAAUAUCUGUAAAAAUUCACCAUUAACCAUUUUUAUAAGAAAAUGUUUCACCGCUUUAAAAAAUGUUCUAUGCAUCGAGUUCAAGGUUACAAUGCAGUCCUUUUAGUGAAUUAUUGCAGAAGCCAAUGUGCCAAGAGUUGAAAACUUUCAGGUCCUAUAAUGGAGUUAGCCAUGUAAGCGGGCUGUUUUACCCAUGUCCGUUUUUUGUUUUGGAAUGAGUAGAAGUUUCCUCUAAAUCCAAAUACUAGAGUACAAUUUGGUUAUUUGCAAAGAUAGGGAUCGUAAACCUCGGCCUUGAAAUCAAGCUUGUGUUAAAAAAAAAAAGAGUGCAAUAUUUUUUCCUUUGCCUUUAUGCACGUGAGAUUGUAAUCUUUUUGUAAAUAUUUGAUAUUUCUUCAUAUGGUUCUUGAUUCUCAAUAAACAAUAUAUUUUAUUUAUGCUGA